UGCAACAGAAUGACAAGGCGCGAAAUCUGAACCAAAAUGGCGCCUUAUUCCGUGUAAAACAAAACAAGUAGUGCUAUUUCUAAUGCAGAUUUAUCGUCCUGCUUAGCAUAUUCCUACAGAGAUGGACGAAAAAAUAAUCAAAUACAGCGAUGAGGGAAAUAUUUCCGCCUUAACUCAGGCAAUAGCUUCCCUGAAAAGUCAAAAGCUUAUUGACCUGCUCGAGGCCAGAGCUCUUGAAGGGAGAGGUGACCCAGUGGCUUAUAUUAAGGCAGUUCUCAAAGGUUCCCCAGUCAGCUCAACUGAUGGGUUCAAGAGGACUCUCCUUUUCUACAAACACUGCAUUUCUCUAUUAAAUGAUGGUGAUGUUCCUAACAAAACAGCUGCUGAAAUCAUAGGCUUCUUGAUGAUGGAGUUGGACACACUUCCUGGAAAGGCCCUGACAGAGCUUACAGAAGUCUUUUUGGAUGGUGUCAAAGGAGGAACCCUUUCAAAUGGAAAGAGCCUUGAGCUGUUCCCUAAGAUCCUUUCAGCCAUUGCUGUUAAAGACUCUGUUCCAGUUGGCUUAGACAGCUGUGGGGAGAUGUCUGGCUCUGAGUAUAAAAGUCAACUGUUAAACACUCUCUGCUCUAGCAGGUGGGACCCACAGUGUGUUGUUCACCUUGCUGCAAUGUUCAGGGAUAUCCCUAUGAGUUCAGAUGAGCUGCGCUUUGUUAUUGAGAAGAUUCUAAGAUUAUUUAAGGACUUGGAUCUUCAGGAGCUCCCUCCACUUGCUUACCAGCUACUGCUGCUCUCUACAAAGGGCCAUAAACGUCUUGUACUUGAGGGAGUCACUACUUUUUUUAACCACCAAGAUGAUAUCUGUCGUAAGGAAGACAGAAUAAACAGCUCUGAGCUGCGUAGUAUCUCUAAGGAUCAACUGCGUCACAUGGAGGGCACUGUUAUCUUGCAUGUCACCUUUGCCAUCAAGCAAGACCAGGAACUUGGCAGAGAACUUAUCAAAUAUCUCAAGGCAUACCAGAACUCUCCCAGUCAUAUUCUUACUCCUUACACAGUGGCAUUAGCUCUCUCUGUCACUCAAAUACACAGAUUUGAAGAAAAUGUAUUUGAUUUUUUGAAAGCAUCUAUAAUAAAAAGCUUUAAAGAUGACGAGAGACGAAGUCAGUCCAAGUGGAUUAAAGAAAAUGUACCGGAGACCUCUGAAGUGUAUGAUCACAUCUUAGAGACAGUACAAAACAGUUUGUUUGGCUGGGAUCAUGUUACACAUGGCCUGGUACAGUUAGGAUUCAUAUUAAUGGAUUGCUUUGGACCUAAAACAUUUGAUACUCAGUCAUCAAGCAUUGCAAGCCCUGCCCAGCAAGCAUGCAAACUAGGCUCAGCCCUGCUUCUUGAUACAUUCAAGGCUCAUGAGAUGGUUCGAACCGAGAUUCUGCAACAGAUUUUGAACAGAGUUAUCACCAAGGCAACAACACCUGUCAGUCAUUUUGUUGAUCUGCUUUCUAGUGCUGUGGCCUCUGCUCCCCACGUUCUUCUCGAGUCGCUGCCCAAGGUUAAGGAAGCACUGGACUAUCUUUCCUUCCUACCACCCAGUACAGCAGUGGGACUACUCAAGGCCCUGCAGCCUUUGAUGAAGAUCAGCUUGUCUCUAAGGGAUACACUUAUUCUAGUACUGAGAAAAGCCAUGUUCUCAAGGCAACUUGAUGCUAGAAAAAUUGCUGUCUCAGGAUUUCUAUUAAUUUUGAAACACUUUAAGGUGAUGGGUGGUGGCAUCUCAGCGUCCAGUCAACUCAGUCAGACAUUCUCACAGUCAAGCCAGGUCCAGGCGGAUGUGCAUAUCCAAGGUGGAGCUGGUAACGAGGCGCUCUGCCUUGAAAUACUAGGUAACUUAAGGCGAUGCUUCACACAGCAAGCAGAUGUCCGAGUUGUACUUUAUGAGGGCCUCUAUGAUGUGAUGCGACGUAACCCUCAACUUCGUCAGCCCAUAUUAGAUGCCUUAUUCGUACAGUUCCAGAAGUAUUACGAGCCAGCUGAUGACGUCACACCUCCUGUCAAGCUCGACACUUGCCUAUCUGCCGCCGGCGAUCAAGUCUUCCUCGCUGAACCUCUGGGCCAUCUUCUGAGUGCUCUACAGCAAUGUACUCUGUGGAUCAGCGACAAUGUGAGCAACCAAGAUGACGAUGAUGAUGAUAAUGACACAGAAAGCGUGGAACACAUCUUCAACAUGGUCGAGGAUACGCUACAGUCUCUAACUCAGCGGAUGAUCAAGUCUGAACUCGAGGACUUUGAACUGGACAAGUCUGCUGACUUUUCCACAGCUAACAGUGUGGGCGUAAAGAACAACAUCUUUGCUCGGCUUGUGCUUGGGCUGUACGAGCUGUUGCUCGAAUUCACCUUUACUGAGGGAGAAUUCAGCCGCCAGUCUAUUGAAGAGGUUCUUCAGCUGUUUGGUAAUUACCACAACCUUGCAGAGAUACUCCAAGAGAAGACCGCAGCACUUCCAGGUAAGAAGGGGCGUACGGCUAGUAGCAGCAAGCAUUCCUCGUCAUCAUCGUCACACAGCAUGCUAUCCCUGGGAUGCAUCGCCGAGAUACUCGUGGCAUUGUUCACUGAUGUUAUACCAAGCCAUCAGGAGAGUAUCAACUUUUUGCGAGCGGACGGGCACUUAGUCAAGUUCAUACUGAACACGGCCCUGCAAAAACUGCGGCAGAUUGCCGACGGUGGUUCGUGUAAUGGACCACGUGGAUGCGACAAGGAGUAUAUCUACAAACAGUGCUGCACCGUGGCAAGAGUGUUUAUGAGGCACAUAUCGGGUACCAGCAGCUUUCAAGAAGACGCAAGCAGGAAAGACAAGGGAAAGAAGGUCUCGAGUCUAUGUCUAGAUGGACUAUGUCUCGUGGUGACCAUCACCUGCCAUCACUACCCAAGCAAGCUCAUCUCCUUCCUCUCCUUCAUCGAAACCUCGUUAUCUGAUAAUGAAGAAGCUAAUGAGACUGUCGGAGACCAAGAGAGAAUUUACGCUCACAUCAGACGCCUACAGCGCCUCAUCAUGGACGUCAUCUCGUCAUCAUCACCUGAGGAGAGCGACAUGAGUGUGAAGGAUACUACGACCCUAGUACAUGUACUCAGCCAACUGUCCCAGCAUUUAGACCCCGAACAGCAGCAGUUUUCAGAGCUGCACUCUUGGGUCCACACUGUUUGCAAAGAGCAGAACGUUGACGAUACGGCACUUACAAAGGCUUUAAUUACCUUGCUGGCUUCCCUGACGUUCCGAUGCAAAACUAGCGUCUCUCUGAUACGAGAGAUCGCACAAGACGUGCACAGUCAACUUGGAGACAUAGAUGAGGACAUAGAGGUAGAGAAUAGGACCCACUUCGCUAUUAUCAAUCAAAGGACGGCUGCGCCAACGGUAACGCUGGUUUUGAUGCACCAGAUCGAUACUGUCCUGGAGGAGGUGGACUGGACGAUGGUGAAGAUACGUGCUGACCUGACCCUACCCCCAUCAGGCAGCUCUGACGACAAGUUGCCCAGCUCUCCUGACAACACGCAAAGGAACUCAUUAGAGACAGCCAUCUGCCAUCGGCUUAUAGGGCUUGUGAUGGCAUUCCAUGAGCUGGCACAGUCUGCGUUACCAGAUGGGCCAUGUACUGAGGCCACUCUCAAGGCUCUGACCAAGCUGUAUGUAUCCCUAGGAUCAGUUGCUAAAUAUUACACAAGUCUUUAUAAUCAGCGCCUUGGCUAUCUGUCUCCAAAGUUUGAGAAAUUGGUGAAGUUGAGUGGUACUCAUCUAUCCCAACAAGUUUAUGCCCUCAUCACCUACAUACAGUCCGCUCAGGCGCUGUCACUGCAAGAGCAUGUCGGCAAGGCCAAGAAAAAGGCCCCUAAGGGACAGGCCGUUCCUGGCAAGGCGAAAGUGAUGAAGGAGAUGAAGUUCAUACCGAAUCUGAUCUACGCCAUUGAACAGUAUGAGAAAUUCCUGAUUCAGCUUUCCAAGAAAUCAAAGAUCAAUCUGAUGGAACAUAUAAAGCGAAGCACCGCCCGCGACUUUCGCAUCAAUGGCGCUACUUUGGAGGCUGCACUUCGAGAGGAGUCUAGUGACGAGGAGGACGAGGAGGGAGAAUCAACAAGUGAAAAUGAAGAGCCCCCGAAAAAGAAGGGGAAACUCGACGAGGGGAAAAGGAAAAAGGGAAAAGAAAAGGGCGGUAAGUUGAGCACGAAGAAACAGAGCGCAGCACGAGCCGCUCUUGGUGACAACAACGCAAGCUGAUUGGUUAAAAAGGGGCGCAUCGCAUGCGCAACGCUGGAAGAGAGAUGUAUACGUGCACGCAAUUUAACUAGCCUAAGUGGAGGCGUAUCAUCUAUUUAGGAUGAUAGAGAUGUUCUGUGCAACACAAGCUGGUCAAUCAAGAAGGAGGCGUGAACGUCCACAGAGAACUGUAGAGGUGUGUCGUGAUUAGGCAAAAUGACGCUUCUUUGAUGCAGUUCUGGAGGGAUGUACCGUGCAACGCAAGCUGAUUAGUCCAAGAAGUGUGAACAUCUGUAGAAGUUUUAUUUGCCCAAUAGCAGGCGUGCAUAGCCACUUUAGCGCAAGCUGAUUCUGGUUGGUCAGAGCAACAACAACGACAAUCGGGUGAUUGCAACAUAAUGGAAUGGAACCUUUAAGGUUUUUAUGUACAUUUUAUCCCUGUUAGGAUUUAAUCGGUCCUGUUAUCAUUCACGGAUUGUCCAAAACAAUUGUUAACGGUAUACUUGAGAGGGAGAAUUAAAAGAAUAAUCGCAA